AUGACACCAAAAAUUCACACGGUUCUUCUGACUUGGUUGUUAACCCAGCAGGUGACAGGCCUGGCUGAGUCUUUCAAUCUGGAUAUGGCUCCCGGGGGCUUUGGUGGUGAGGGUGAGGGCUGUGUCCAAGAUAUGGAGAAAAAAGCACCCCAGUUGUUAGAAGAAGACUUCAGCAUGAAUAAGGACUUAAAAAUUGAGUGGGAAAAGGCAGAGGAAAAAUGGAAGGAGAUAAAAAAGACAAGGAGCUAUCCCAAAGGUUUCAGUGAUUAUCACGGAACAGCUUUAGUAACUUAUACUGGGGCCAUCUACUUAGAUUUUAACAAAGCUGUUAGAGAAUUUAAGAAAAAUCCCAGUAACUUUCAUUACAAGGCCUUCCAUUACUACUUAACAAGGGCUCUUCAGCUUCUGAAUAACAAGAAAUGUUACACAGUUUACCGAGGCACCACAAACAAAUUUCAUUACAGCGGGAAGGGCUCUGUGCGGUUUGGGCAGUUUGCUUCCUCAUCUUUGGAAGAGAGAGUAGCUCUUAAUGGUUUUGGUGGUGCUAGUGGGACACUGUUUAUCAUUGAAACCUGCUUGGGGGUUCACAUAACUGAAUUUUCCCACAAUCCUGAACAAAAGGAGGUGUUAAUUCCAGGCUAUGAAGUAUAUCACAAAGUCAGUGUAACCCCAAGUGGAAAAGCAAAUGACAAUAUUUAUCUGACCUCCCAAAAAAGAGGGAAAAGCAACUUCAACUGCUUCUACAGCUCAGGUGAGUGUGAGUCUGGGUCUGCCUCAUCUGCAGGAACCAGAGACAGCCCUGCAUUCCUGCUGCUUGUGGUGCUACCUGUUCUCCUGGUCCAGCUGCUUCCUCUUGCUGAGCUGUAGCCAUCUCCUGCCUGCACUU